CUCUGUCCCUUCCCCCCCCAGCAUUCUUCUGAAGGGGGAAUUCUAAAAUACACUGCCCCGGGGAACAAAGGAUUCAGAUUCUUUCCUGCACUGGACUAGAGCUUUGGUUCCGUCCAACUGUGGGAACAUUUCUUCACCUCCAGGCCUAUAGGGAGGGAACCCGGGCCUGUUAUUGAUGCUGACUGGGCCAGUAUCUAAAGAGGAGGAUACCCUGUGUGGGACACCCCUAUCGGCUAACUGUGAGUUACAGUAACUAUUUGGGGUUACGAUUUGCCGCUGUGUGGAUUGGCCUAUUCCUGUGUGGACCUAUAUUCCUUUGUGGACCUAUAUUCCUGUGUGGACUUAUAUUCCUGUGUGGACUCAUAUUCCUGUGUGGACCUAUAUUCCUUUGUGGACCUAUAUUCCUGUGUGGACUUAUAUCCCUGUGUGGACCUAUAUUCCUGUGUGGACCUGUAUUCCUGUGUGGACUCAUGUUCCUGUGUGGACUAAGUACUCUGUCCCCGCUUGUUGAAUUUGUGUGUGCUAUGCAAUAAACUGGUGUGUUUACCUAUAAAUCCUGCUGUAUUCCCUGUCCUGGUAAAGAGUGCGCGGGCACCCUUUUAGAACCUAUAACACUGGUGGCUAGCGGUGGGAACCAGGACACAGGUAACACACAACCCCUAAGUAAUUAUGGCAUCCAGGGAAGAUUACAGGCACUGGCGAAUGCAAGAUUUGCAGGAGAGAGCCCGGGUCUUGGGCCUCAAUUAUGCAGGGGUACCAAGAGAACAACUAGUUGAAAGACUAGUACAGGCUGCCCCAGAGGAGGACCUCAUGCAGCCAGAACAAAGGGACCAUAGGCCAGAGGCAGCACCCCCCACAAAUAUAUGCCCCUGGGCUACCUGGGCAGAGGAAACUCUUCGAAUACUUGGUCCGGACGCCACCCUUGAGGAUCGCAGGGAUGCCAUAAAUGGAGCCAGGCAGUUUUAUGGGGAACACAUGGCUCUCAGACGGGCUGAAGCAGAAGCCCAUACCCGAAAGAACCAAGCGGGGCCUCUCCUUACCCAGAGUUGUGUGCCUAGAAUCUCUAGGAAGGAAUUCAAAGCCUUUGAUGAAAGUAAAGGAGACAUUGAUGGUUUUUUCAGGGACUUUGAACAUCAAUGUAUGUUAGAGGCGGCAUCAGAGCAGGAUCAAGUGCGUGUGCUGUCCUCUCUGCUUACUGGGAGUGCAGCCGAGGCCUAUAGGGACAUGGCACCAGAGCUGAAAACGGACUACCAUGCCAUAAAACAAACUGUCCUGGCCCACUACGCGAUCACCCCAGAGUCCUAUCGCCUUCGCUUCCGGGAGGCCCGGCCCUCUGCAGCUGAGUCCUUUAAACGGCAUGGGCAGAAACUAUCUCAGGCCUGCCGCCGGUGGCUACAGGGUGAGCUGGCUGAAUCAGCAGAAGAUAUAAUUCAGCUAAUUUUAAAGGAGCAGUUUUAUCUCACCUGCCCCAGAGAGAUUACAGAGUGGGUAAAGGAACGCAAGCCUUCUACCAUUGAUGAGGCUACAGCUCUAGCAGAUGAGGCCCUCCUAAUUAAGCCACAAUGGAAAAGGCUUCUAGAAGGGGCACUCCGACCAAAUGCCCCAGCAAUGACUUCCCCAGGUGCCAGGCCUCAACCAACACCCCCACACUCAGGUGCCCCCCCACGGCAGUCCUUCACCAGCACUAGACCAACUCCUCCCUCUACUACACAGCUUCGGCAUGGCAACAGGCCUCAGGAUCGCCUCUGUUAUUUAUGCAGACAACCAGGCCACAUGCAGAAUGUCUGUCCUAAGGCCAGAGGAGGAAUUCGCCCCAUGGCAUCCCGCCCUGUUAACUACAUCGAGGUGGAUCCAGAAGGAACAGAGGAAGUACCCCUCUACUCAGAAGAAUGGUCAUCUAUACCUACCCUCUCUGUAAUACCCAGGGGAGUGUAUGGCAUCCGGAAAGUGGCCCAAAGCUACCCUGAGCAGAGAAAACGUCAUCUUCAGGAUGUUCUCCUUGAUGGGCGUCGCAUCACUGGGUUCCGUGACUCUGGAGCCUUCCUUACCAUUGCUGAUCCACAGGUGGUACGACCAGAAGUUAUACAUCCUGGGCCUGGUAUCCUCAUUGAGGUAGCUGGAGGAGAACUAAAAUACAUCCCAAAAGCCGCUGUCCAACUGGACUAUGGCUGUGGAGAGAAGGUCUGCUGGAUUGGAGUUAUGAGUGGCCUACCUGCUGAUGUGCUCUUAGGCAAUGACUUGGGCCCCAUGGAUAGUUGCUUUGUUGGAGCUGUAACUCGUAGUCAAGCCCGGCAUGGUCCACAGACGGAGGAUUCCCACCAAGACAGCACUGAAUCCGCUCCAGUCCACCCACAGGUAUCCCAGCCGGUAAGUAGCAUGCACCCUGACCUGAUGGUGACUUGGGAUCCUAACCAGUUCAAGCAGGCCUUACAAACUGACAUGACGUUAGCAGGGAUGAGGGCCCGAGCUGAAUCUGAACAUGUAGGAAGGGAUGGGGACCGUAUAGUGUGGGAAAACAGGCUGUUAUAUCGUGUAACUGAGGACCCCAGACGAGGGCCAUUAUGGCCUCCAACAAAGCAGCUAGUUGUACCCCGUGCUUACAGACUCCGCCUGCUGCAGAUUGCACAUGAUAUUCCAUUGGCAGGGCACCAGGGGGUAGAUCGUACCAGGAGUCGGUUAACCCAGACCUUUUACUGGCCAGAUGUCAGUAGAGAGGUUGCAGACUUCUGUCGCACCUGUGACACAUGUCAGAGAGUGGGCAAGCAUGGGGACCGGUCCCGUGCCCCCCUUCAGAAUAUGCCUCUCAUAGAGGAGCCAUUUCAGCGUGUUGCAGUAGAUAUAAUUGGGCCCCUUGCUAAACCAAGCCGCUCAGGAAAGAGAUUCAUCCUCACAGUUGUGGAUUAUGCCACUAGGUACCCUGAAGCUGUGGCUCUGUCGAGUAUCACAGCUCCCCGAGUAGCUGAGGCCCUAGUGACUAUUUUCACAAGGGUUGGAUUUCCCAGCGAGAUCCUUUCUGACCAAGGCCCCCAGUUUAUGUCAGAGCUGGUUCAGUGUUUGUGGCGCUCCUGUGGAGUCCGGGCAAUCAGGACCUCCCCUUAUCAUCCCCAGACAAAUGGCCUUUGUGAAAGGUUUAAUGGGACCCUAAAGGGCAUGCUUAAAUCCUUUACUGACUCUGAGCCUGACUGGGAAAAAUACCUGCCCCAUCUUUUGGUUGCAUAUCGGGAGGUUCCCCAGCAGUCCACCGGGUUCUCCCCUUUUGAGUUAUUGUUUGGUAGAAAAGUAAGAGGUCCCCUUGAGCUACUGAAGGAACACUGGGAAGGUGAAAUAGCAGAUACCGGAACCCCUAUUGUCCCAUAUGUCCUUGAGUUUAGAGAGAGACUCACUAGAUUGACCUCCCUUGCCCAAGAGCAGAUGCGAGCUUCACAGACCCGUCAGAAGAUGUGGUAUGACCGAAGGGCUCGUUUCCGAGAGUACACUGAGGGACAGCAAGUCUUGGUACUCAUCCCAGCCCCCCAGAAUAAAUUACAAGCUUCCUGGGAAGGCCCAUUCCAGGUGGUCCGCAAGUUAAAUGACACUACAUAUGUAGUGACCAUGGACCACAGUGGGCGCAAGCAGCGGACAGUGCAUAUAAACAUGCUCAAACCAUACUACGAGCGGGGUGUGCCUGUCCUAGCAAUAUGCCAUUCUCCCUCCAAUGAGUCAGGGGAGGAUGACCUUCCUGACCUGUUAGCCUCUGCACAGUCCAAGGGCUCCCUGGACCAACUACCCCUUGGAGAUCACUUACAUGAUACCCUGAAAUGUGAGUUACAGGUUAUCCUUUCCAAGCGAACCCAAAUCUUUUCAACCCAGCCUGGGCGUACCCCUCUGGUCGCCCACCACGUUGAGACUCCAGGGCAGGCACCCAUCCAGCAGGCCCCUUAUCGGGUACCUGAAGCUGUCAGGGAGACCAUGAGACAAGAAUUGGAGGAUAUGAAGUGGUUGGGGGUUAUCCAGCCAUCCCAUAGCCCCUGGUCCUCCCCUGUUGUCCUUGUGCCAAAGAAAGAUGGGAGCACACGUUUCUGUGUGGACUACAGGAGGCUGAAUGACAGAACCAUUAGUGAUGCCUACCCAAUGCCACGUAUUGAUGACCUUUUAGACAGAUUAGCAGGGGCCCGAUAUGUGACCACCUUAGAUCUAAGCAAGGGCUAUUGGCAGAUUCCUCUCACACCAGAUGCUCGCGAGCGUUCUGCAUUUAUAACCCCCUUUGGGCUCUAUGAAUUUUUAGUCAUGCCCUUUGGGAUGAAAAACGCGCCAGCAACAUUUCAGAGACUGGUUGACCGCUUGCUAGAGCACUGUCAAGACUUUGCUUGUGCCUACCUAGACGACAUAGCCAUUUUUAGUGAUACAUGGGAAGAACACAUACGACACCUAGAUAGAAUCCUAGAAAAGAUUGAGGAGGCAGGACUGACAGUGAGACCAGACAAGUGCCAGAUAGGAAUGGCUGAGGUGCAAUACCUAGGGCACCGGGUGGGGGGUGGACAGCUACGCCCUGAGCCAGCUAAGGUAGAAGCUAUCCGUGACUGGCCUACUCCCCAGACUAAGAAACAGGUAUUAGCCUUCCUGGGUACUGCUGGUUACUAUCGUAAGUUUAUUCCCAAUUUCAGUACCGUAGCCAAACCCCUGACGGACCUAACUAGGAAGCGCAUGCCCCGAGCCGUGCUGUGGACAUCUGCCUGUGAGGAGGCCUUCAGAACCCUUAAACAAUCCCUGACCAGUGAACCUAUUCUUGCGGCCCCGGACUACAAGCGACGCUUCCUGGUUCAUACAGAUGCCUCAACCUUUGGACUGGGAGCAGUACUAAGUCAGGUAAAUGCCAAGGGGGAGGAACACCCUGUGGCCUACAUCAGCCGGAAACUUUUAUCCAGGGAGGUAGCAUAUGCCACUAUUGAAAAAGAAUGUCUGGCUCUGGUUUGGGCCCUCAAGAAGUUCCAGCCAUACCUGUAUGGCAGAGAAUUCACAGUAAUGACUGAUCACAACCCCCUCAUCUGGCUGAAUAGAGUUGCUGGGGAUAAUGGGCGCUUGCUUAGGUGGAGCCUGUCCCUCCAGCCAUAUACCUUUACAAUACAGUACAGACGAGGCACCCAGCAUCAAAAUGCAGAUGGUUUGUCCAGGCAAGAAGAUCAGUAACAUAAAAUAGUAGUUAGACUGUAUAUGAACCCGCCAAGUAACCCGUGUGGGUUCCUCUUGGGUUCAUAUUCCCGGUAGGGGGAGGGGUUGUUAUAACACAGAACUACUCCCCUAUGUUAGAAGUAUUGCCCAGGAUGGGCCCAGCUCUCCCUACCCCCAUUUUUUAUUGUAUCUCUGGUUCCUGGUUUCCUGGAAUUUCCCUCCAAAGCAAGCUGUGCACGUGAGCUGAACAAAAGGCUCACACCUUAGCUCCUCUGUGCACGUGAGAGGGGACUGAGCACAGGUUUCAGAUAACUGA